GUGACGCAAAAGGGGGACGACGCGCCGAGACGGCGGUCGAGCGGACGCGCGUCGGGAGACGCGGCGGAUCUGUCGUUUAGCUCGAUACCGGAUGUGAGCAAGAAUGCGUCAUUUUCGGGGGCGUCGAACUCACCGCCCGGAUUGGAGCCGACGCCGGCGUCGAUGGUGGGGAGAAAGCUGAGCGCGGGGUCUUCGUCGAGCGGACGCACGCCGCCGGGAAAUCGCGCGGACGCGUCGUUUAACGAUAGCACGAGCUCGCACAUGACGAAUUCGAGCGAGGAGGGGGUGGAUGGAGGAAAUAAUAACAAGCGUAGAUCAUCCCGGAGGACGCACAAAGGCGUGACGCGGUUCGGGGAGUUUCAGAGCUGGGAAUCCGUGGCGGCGGAUGAAGUGCCGCCGUCGCCGGCGUUUGUCGGGAAUCCCAGGCAACGCCAGGCGUACCUCGAGGCGUACGCCAAGGCUCGGUACGAAGAAGAGCUCGCCGAGCGUAAGGCGAACGGACAUGCGGUCGAAGACACGGUGAGCGACGUGCACAGUCGCGUGGCGGAACUCAUGAAGGCGGCGGAUGAAAUGUUGCCCGACUACGCGCCGUCGCCGGCGAAAUCGCUGCACGCCAAGAGCUUGCGCGAGCAACUGCAAGAGUCGUGGCAAGGGAAAGGAUACUACGCGCGAUUGAUGGCGCAGAUGGCGUCACCGUCGCCCGCGCGACCGAAUCAACGACCGCCGCACAUGCAGCGAUUACACCAAGGUGCCAACGACGCGGCGGCGGCGGCGAACAAGGCCAAGCUCGACGAGGCGGCGAAGCAGCAAGCGUCGCUCGCCACGAUGUCCGGCGCUGCGUUGAACGGAUUCGGCGGCGGUGGCGGUGGAUACUUGUUUGCCAACCUCCCCGGUAUGGCGGCCGCGGCGCCGGCACCGGCGCCGCCCGCGGUCGUGGCGGCAAAGAGCAAGGCUAAGCGAAAAUCUGGGGACGUCAUGCCGCCUCCUGGAACGAAGCGCGCGCCAGAGAAAUCUCCCGAGCCCACGAAGAGCGAAGACACGGCUGAGAGCGUGACGAAUUCGAUUUUAAAGGUGCAGCAGGCGAUCAGGCGUCUGUCCAUGUCCCCAGCGCCUUCAAAGAUGGCAAAUUUGGCGGCGAUUGAUUCCAACUCGCCGCGCAUGGGCGGCACGCAGCUCAAGUUUGACUCGCCGCUGAGCGCGUCGAGUGUGGAUGUCGACGCUGCGAUCCAUGGAAGUGACAUGGAAGCCAUGCGCAAGGCACUUCGAGAGUUGCGGCGCGAAAACGAGGAUUUACGCGAAAAGUUGGUGACGACGCAACGCGAAGCGCGCGUGGCCAUUUCGCGCGUCACGGGCGACGUCAUCGCGCGAGCGAAAAUCGCCGAGCAGGAAUUCUCGCGAAAGUUUUAA